CGCCGAGGCCUAGUCCCGCUAUGGCCUCCACGCUCCGGCCCCUCCGCGCCCUCAGCCGUACCACGCUGGAGCCCCGUGCCCACCGCCUGCACCUCAGCGCUGCCCGGGGGGACGCUGUGGUGAUCUCAGGGAGGAAGCUGGCCCGGCAGAUCCGGCAGGAAGCGCGGCACGAGGUGCAGCAGUGGGUGGCUGCAGGCAACAGAAGGCCUCACCUGAGCGUGGUGCUGGUGGGGGAGAACCCUGCCAGCCACUCCUAUGUUCUCAACAAAACCAAAGCAGCGGCUGAUGUGGGGAUCAGCAGCGAGACCAUCCUGAGGCCGGCCUCCAUCACCGAGGAGGAGCUGCUGGAGCUCAUCGGCAAACUCAACAGCGACGCAGCUGUGGAUGGGCUGCUGGUGCAGCUUCCUCUGCCUGAGCACAUCGACGAGCGCAGGGUGUGCAACGCCGUGAGCCCUCACAAGGACGUGGAUGGGUUCCAUGUGCUCAACGUGGGCCGCAUGUGCCUGGACCAGGACUCCAUGCUGCCUGCCACGCCCUGGGGCGUCUGGGAGAUCAUCCAGAGGACAGGGAUACCCACGCUGGGCAGGAACGUGGUGGUGGCGGGCAGGUCCAAGAACGUGGGGAUGCCGAUCGCCAUGCUGCUCCACACCGACGGCAGCCACGAGCGCCCCGGAGGUGACGCCACGGUGACGAUCUCGCACCGCUACACGCCCAAGGAGCAGCUGAAGCAGCACACGAUCCGUGCUGACAUCGUGGUGGCAGCUGCAGGCAUCCCUAACCUGAUCACGGCCGACAUGAUCAAGGAGGGAGCGGCGGUGAUCGACGUGGGCAUCACCAGGGUGCAGGACCCCGUCACGGCCAAGCCCCGCCUGGUCGGGGACGUGGAUUUUGAAGGGGUGAGGAAGAAGGCGAGCUAUAUCACGCCGGUGCCCGGCGGCGUGGGGCCCAUGACGGUGGCCAUGCUGAUGAAGAACACCAUCAUCGCUGCCAAGAAACUGCUGAAACCCAAAGAGCUCGAGGCUCUGCCUGCCUAGCCCAGGGUGCUUGAGCUGGGCCUAGUGAAGCACCCCUGGGAGCUGGGCCUAGUGAGGUGGCCCUGGGAGCCAGGGCUAGCCAAGGGCCCCUCAAAGCCGGGCCUAACGAGGGGCCCUUGAGCUGGGCCUAACCAGGGCCUCUCUGGCCCAUGACAUUCCAGACUGACUCCCAAACAGGCCGAUAGAAAAUGCAAUAUUUUUUAUUUAUUGUCUCGCACAUGGGGCUUUUCCCCACUCGCAGGUCACAGCUAUUUAUUGGAAGUGUGGCUGAGCUGGGAUUAUGCAAACUCCUCCUGCUUUGUGUUGGAGCUGGGAUUAGCCUCACUCCUGGUUUGUGUUGGAGCUGGGAUUAGCCACGCUCCUGGUUUGUGUUGGAGCUGGGAUUAGCCACGCUCCUGGUUUGUGUUGGAGCUGGGAUUAGCCACACUCCUGGUUUGUGUUGGAGCUGGGAUUAGCCACGCUCCUGGUUUGUGUUGGAGCUGGGAUUAGCCUCACUCCUGGUUUGUGUUGGAGCUGGGAUUAGCCUCACUCCUGGUUUGUGUUGGAGCUGGGAUUAGCCACGCUCCUGGUUUGUGUUGGAGCUGGGAUUAGCCACACUCCUGGUUUGUGUUGGAGCUGGGAUUAGCCACACUCCUGGUUUGUGUUGGAGCUGGGAUUAGCCACACUCCUGGUUUGUGUUGGAGCUGGGAUUAGCCUCACUCCUGGUUUGUGUUGGAGCUGGGAUUAGCCACACUCCCGAGCCAGCCCAGCUCCUGCAGGAGCUGCUGGGGAUCCUGGCAAUCCCAGCAAUCCCAUGGGAUGCUCACCUUGAUGCUUCUGUUCUUCAAAUCCUGGCAUUCCCAAUUUCUUCCUCAGUGCUGAAUGUUUAGUUUAAGCUCUUCUGUAGAGGAAUUACUUGAAAAGAAAAAAAAAAAAGCCAUAUUUGUGUCCUGGGCCUGUGCAGGCCCUGGGCUGGUGUAACAUGUUCUGGAGUGCAGCUAGCCUGGGCUUUUUUGCUCUUUGGAUGGUGUAUUUUUUAAAAGCCUUUUUUUUUUUUUUCCUAACCAAAGAACACCUUUGGGGGGUGGGGGGUGGAGGUUUCCUGCACUGUGUUGUAAACUGUGAGUGCUCAGUGAGUUGUGCAGGCUGGCUAAAUAAAGUGUGAGAAGA